AGACGCUGAUCAGCCAGCUGGAGAACCGGCUGGACACAGCCAUGAAGAAGUUCAACACCGUCAACAGCGAGAACUACUCCAUGAGGCUUGAGAUAGACCGGCUACUGAGGGACCGCCAAUUCUUCAACACGCUAUGGAAGAACCAGCUGAAACGGCUGAUGGAUGGCAAAGCCAUGAUCAUUGAGUUGUUGGAGCAGGCCAUCUCCACGUACGACCAGCGCGAAGAGUGGUGCUCCAAGCUCGACGCGCUGAAGGAGAAGGCGGCUAUAGACUAUAGGAAGCAUUGCCUGGAAGUACGUGAGCUUCAGCGCCAGUUGGACCACAGCCUGAAGCUGGAAGAGUUCCUACGCACGAAGGGCACGGUGCGGCUGACGGCGGCGGACGCCAAAGCCGAGGCCAAGAAACUGGAGCAGCAGGAAGAGGAGAUGAGGAUCUACAAUAAUUACGUGAACAUCCUUGAUGCUAUACGGGAGUUUGCAGGCGAAGAAGACGUAGACAAGCUGAUACAGGAAUUCACCCGGCGAGAGGAAGAGAACUACGCCCUCUUCAACUAUAUCAACGAAGUGUGUACGGAACUCAAGAACUUGAGCGAUAACGUCAAGAUGCUCAAAGUUAAUAUUGAGGAAGAAAACGCCAAACACCAAGCGAAGCUGUACAAGCAGCAGGACAGCAUCGAGUCGCUCCGCAGCGCCCUGGAGGAGAAGCGACUUGCCACGGCCAGCGCGCGGGAGACUUGCGAGAAAUCCUCGCAAGUGCUGGCCAUGCUGCUGCAGCAGAUACACGCGCUGGCCGUAUCGUCGGAUUGCGACUCGCUGCCUCUGCUGAAGCUGUUAGGCAAACCGUUCGAUAUAAACGUUACGAACGCGCGCCUUUACAUCAAAAGUGUGGAGAAGAAGAUCCUCGAAAUUGUCGACGUCAUCAAACUUGAUGAGGCCAUCCAGCGUCAGUUGGAGUCCAAGGAGCGCACCCCGCCGUCAUCACGCCGACGACGCGCUCGAGCGAGAGAAGCUGCACCUUCACACGCCUAAGGAACUUACUAUAUUCGUUGUUAUCAUUUUUAAAACCUUAUCUUAUAUUCAUCAACAUCCUAGCCUCUUCCCAACUCUGUCGGAGUCGGCUUCCAGUCUAACCAAAGUCAGCUAAGUAAAAGUGUUUUACAAGGAGCGACUGCCUAUCUGACUUCCUCAACCCAGUUAACUGGCAACACGAUACCCCUCGGUCGGAAUACCAUAAUUAUUGUCAGUUUCCACGACACUACAAGCUGUCGUCAUAUAGUUGGGUGUUUUCAAUUUGGAUGUUACCAGUUAACACGUUAAUUGCAAGCUUUUGUUAAUGUUAGACGGUAUUAACUUUGGUCAUACCAGAAGAUAAGAAAAGAAAACAUUAGAAAUAGUAUCUAAAAAAAUGUAGAAGCACAAUUAAUGUAUUAUGUAUUAGUGUGUAUAUCCGAAUAAAGCUAAAUUCAUGAUUCCCAAUUUACUUUGAUAUUACUCUUGCAAUGUUGGCUAAG